AUGCAUGUCAACUCAGGGAAACCACCAUCUUUUGUUCCUUCUUUUCUUAAUAGAAACGUUGAAAACUCCAUGUAUCCAGUGCUAUAUCAGCCAUUGAGUUCCAACAUACAUGCCAACCAUCAUCUUUCUCAGCCUCGUUACUGCUGGUUCAUCAUCCUCUAUCAUCGCUGCUUCUCUUCUUGUCCUCCUGUAGGCAGGCAUUAUGUAGUGAUCCUGACAUUGAACAGAUACACAAAAUCCUGGGAUCUUCAUCUUCUUCUUCAUCAACCCAAAAAUCAUAAUGAAGUUUCUAAUUUAAAAGGAAAGGACAUAAAAGGAAGGCUAGACACAAUGUUCAUUGAAGAAAUCGUGAAGUACAUCCACCGUAGAUUACAUGUACCCUUAAGGAUUUCUCAGCCAUUACUCAUUGGGAUGGAAUAUCAUAUCCACUUUGUUACUUCCUGGUUGAAUGAUAGGUCCUCACAUACUGCAGACAUACUCACUAUUUUAGGUAUCGGUGGGAUCGGGAAGACAUCUUUAGCCAAACAUGUAUAUGGGUUAUAUUCUCAUGAAUUCCAAACAAGUAGCUUUAUUGAAGAUAUCGCAAGGAAAUGUGAUGGAAAGUUUAAUGGGUUGCUUGAUUUACAAAAUCAACUCUGCAAUGACAUUUCAAAAACAAGUGCAAUUAGAGUUCAUGAUAUGGCAAUAUACACCACACAGAUAGAGCAUGCACUUGCCUGUAAAAGGGUCUUUCUAGUCCUUGAUGAUAUCACCACUCUUGAUCAGUUGGAUGCAUUACUUGGAAGCAAAGGUUUUCAUCGUGGAAGCAAAAUUAUAAUCACAACAAGAAACAGAUGGUUGACUGAGAGUUGUGCACUAUUCAAAACAAACAUUAAACCGAAGAAUGAAAGACUUUUGCUUUUUGGCUUAGAUGAGAUCCAAUCACAACAACUUUUGUGUUUGCAUGCAUUCAUGUGCAACUAUCCCAAGGAAGGUUAUGAAGAGAUGUCAUAUAAGCUUGUGAAAUAUUGUCAAGGACAUCCAUUGUCUCUUGCAGUUUUGGGAAAAUCUCUAUAUAACCGAGAUGUAGCUUACUGGAAAGGGUGCUUAGAAGGACUAAAUAAAAAAACAAGUUCCCAUGUAAAUAAUGUAUUGAGAAUGAGCUUUGAUUCUUUGCCAUCCAACAAUGAUAAGGAGUUGUUUAAGCAUAUAGCUUGUUUUUUUGUCGGAAUAGAUAGAGAUGUUAGUGAAACAAUAUUAAUGGCAUGUGAUAUAAUCACAAGAUCUGGAAUCAUGAAUCUCAUUGAUAGAUAUCUUCUUAGUAUAGGAUUGAAUAAUGAAUUGAAGAUGCAUCAGUUGGUUCAAGAGAUGGGAAGAUUCGAAGUACAUCAAGAAUCAUUUGACAAGCCAUGGAAGCGAAGUAGAAUAUGGUGUCAUAAUGAGUCAUUCAGAGUGUUGAAACAAAAAAAGGGUAAGAGAAAUGUUCUAGGCCUUUCCCUUGACAUGCGCAUGCUUGAGAAAGAGAAUUUGGGAGCACCAUUUGAUCUAAAAACAGAUGCUUUGAGUAACAUGGAUAGUCUGAUGCUACUACAAAUGAAUUAUGUGCACAUGAAUGGGUCUUAUGAGAACUUUCCAAAUGAAUUAAGAGGCUUGUGUAUGCAUGGUUUUCGUUUAAAGUGUAUACCUUUAGAGCUACCGAUGAUGAAUUUGGUUGCUCUUGAUAUGUCAUAUAGCUAUAUUGAAUCAUUUGUUGGCUAUUAUAGCAAUACACAUCGACUUGAGAAGAGGCAAAAGUUGGAUGGAUCGUAUUUAAAAGACAACAAGCUGCUCGGAUCAUUGAAGAUUCUUAAUUUAAGUUUCUGUAAACAACUGCAUAGUCUUGGUGACUUUGACCAAUUCCCUGCACUCGAGAGGUUAAUAGUCAGAAAUUGCAUUGGUUUGGUUGAGGUUGGUGAAUCAAUUGAGAAAUGUGUUGAACUUGUCUUCAUUGAUCUGAGCAACUGCAAGAAGCUUGAAAAACUUCCAAGAAACAUAGGCAUGUUGAAGAAUGUUAAAACAUUGUUGCUCGAUGGUUGUAAUCUCAGUGAUUCUCAAACCGAGGAUAGGGAUAUGGUCAUAAACAUACGAACCUCUUCCUCCUCCUUUAUGGGUGCUAUAGCAAGUGAUUUUAAGUUGUUUACAAUUUCUUUACCGAGGUCUUUAGUCAGGUUGUCACUGGUAAAUAAUAAUUUGUCCACAGACUGCUUUCCCAUGAAUUUUAGUUGCCUGUCCAUGUUAAAGGAAUUAUAUUUGGAUUACAAUCCUAUAAAUUCCAUGCCCAGUUGUAUGAGAACCAUUCCUAGGCUUGAGAUACUUAGUAUGGCCAAUUGUAAAAAAUUGAAAUCAGUUAAGCAUCCUCCGCGUACACUAAGCAGGUUGUUGCUCUUUUCUCGUCUUGGGAGUUUUGUAAGGAAAGUUGAAUUUGAUCCAGAAAUGUCCCCACUAGAGGUAACAUCAAACUGGUGGUUAGAUUUCACACCUGGGUCCUGUGAAAUUGAAGGCAUGAUCAAAAUCCAAGCAAUGGUAAGUGUUGAGGAAAAGGUAUUACGGAGCUUGGGUUGGAUUAAUGAAGACUUCCUUAACAAAGGGUGUGUGGGAACCAAUCCUUCGGAAUCAAAAGUCCAGAGAAUGUUUUAUGAAUUUGGAAUAUUCAGCACAAAGUAUGAGGUGGAGGAGAUGCCGAGAUGGUUUAAGUAUAGAAGCUUGGGGCCAUCAAUAUCAUUUACCAUCCCAUCAUCAUCAUCAUCAUCUCCAAACAACCUUACUGGACUCAACUUCUGCUAUUUGCACACAUUGAAACCUCCUGAUGAGUCGUUAUUAUUUCCACAUGAUCAGUUCCCUAGUACGCCAAUGAUCAGUUCCGUAGUACAUGAUAUGUUCCCUAGUACGCCAAUUACGACAAUUCAUAAUAUAACAAAGAACCACACAUGGAUAUACGAACGUCACUUGGAUGGAGUUAUUGUAGAUGGAAAGUGUUGGGUGAUGUUAAGUCAUUGGAUGUUUCGGAUGAAUGAGAUGGAGGCGGGUGACCAUGUUACUAUUACUGUUACAGCGCCAUAUGAUGAACUUGUAAAGGAGUGUGGGGUGAGUCUUGUGUAUGAGGAUGAAGAAGAAGAAGAAGAAGAAGAAGAUGCAUUGGGUUAUUACAAGUCAUGGAAUCAUAUAAUUGGUGGAGAUCUCUCUCAGUUUCAAACAACUACAGGACAAUACAUCCUACAGAACAGGCGGUUUUUUGAGUUUGCCAUUUAUUUGUUUCCAUAUCUUGGUAAAUUAAUUCCAGAUGGCCCCAGAUAUCAAGGACAUAAGGAAGUGUCCUGGUUUAGAGCUUUUUCUCAAAGGAAUCCUGACCUAAUUGGUAGCACACAUGUGGGUAAGGGGGAAUCUUCAAGAUCUCAUCCUUCACGUGAAACUGCUUGUGAAAGAGAGGAAUUUACAGGGCGAGCCACGUGUGCGCUCAAUGGAUUGAUCAAGUUGACGUGUCAGUCACAUGUGCGUGCUGACUAUGCUUUAUAA